AGGGGGAUUCCCCGAGGGAAGUUCCCAACUCAACUGGGCUAUGUAAAACAUACAUUGCCAUAUCCUCUCCAAAGCUUCGUAACUUUGCAUCUGAACAUCGAGGCGACGACUCUGCGGCGGUGCCUCAACAACAUAUCCCGAGGUUUUUUUUUUUUUUUCAAAGUAACUCGAAUGAAGGGCUCAUGUAUACUCUGUCAGUGAUGUUUGUGGAGCACAAGGCAUGGAAAGGAACAUCGGAGACCAGCUCAACAAAGCUUUCGAAGCUUAUCGUCAGGUCUCCAUUGAAAAGGACAAUGUUAAAAAGGAGCUGCAGCAAAUGAAUGAAUACUAUGAGCGUUACACUCAAGGGCUCCAGAAGCAGAUAGAAGACCAGCAGCAGUUGAUCUCAGAGCUCGAGGCAAAGUUGUCGGCAACAAGGCAACAAUCAGGCGAGAUGAAAUGUGAGCCUUGCAAUCAUCUCCUGGAUGGGGCCAGCACUUACAAGAAAAUCCAGUACUCGGAGAAUAUGGGCUCUGCUGCUGUUGCUCCUAAUUUGCCAGUCAGCAGCAGCGACUAUGGGGACAUGCUGGAGGCCUUUGAAGCAAUUCAAGGAAAAUUCCGACAGAUUCGGUCACUGACCAGAAGACAAAAAGAUCACCUUAAAAGAUUCAAUGGAGGAAAUGAUACAUCCAAUGAUCAGCGGUUCUCCAUGCCCAUCCAGUGCACAGACCGUACUGCAGAAGCAGACAGGCCUUUCCCCUCCGCUCUCAGGUCAGCAGUGGACAUCCCUCUCCUGCCUGCUUCUCUGGCGUCUCGCGGUGCCAGCCAGGAGGACUUGGUUGACUCUCUCACUAAGCUCAGUGUCAAAUUCCCACCUUCAGCGGACAGUGAAUAUGACUUCCUGAACAGUACCCCAGAGAGACACAUGGGUCUGACCAUGCCCAUGAAGCGGCCUCUCGGCAGCGUCUCUUCCACGCCGCCAGAGGAAGAGCCGGCGGAGCUGGCCAUGCCUUUUGUGUACCCUACAUCCCCCUCCCACUCAACAUCAUCCUCAGUCUCCCAGGAGAGCGUGCGGGGACCCCAGCAGCCUCUCUGGAGUCCAGAGCUGUGCGAGGCAGUUGAUGUGGGGACAGAGCUGGCGGCGACUCAGAGCGGCAGCCCCGAUAAAUGUGCUUUCUGCCACGCUGUGGUUCCUCAGGACCGAAUGAACAGCCACCUCUACUCGCAUUUCUCUCCUAAGAACGAAGCCGGCAAUUGACAGUGGGAGCAGAGACUGACGGGAGGCCGCAACUACUUCAAGACUUUACUGUUUUCAUGGCGUCGUCCUGCCUGCCAUGAAGUAUAAGCGCUGUACUGGAUUUGAAAAA